UUUAAAUAAAUUUUGUUAGUAGAAUAAAUAAAACUUUCAGAUAAAUUGCGUUCUAAUUAUACAGAAUUUUUUUUUUUUUGUCGUAAUGCCAAAGAGAAUAUAUGCAUAAAGAGCACUAGAAAUUCUCUAGAUAUAAAGAAAAGUAAAUCAACAAAGAAAGCAAUUAUUAUAGCAUAUAAUGGGUAGAAUAUUUCUGGAGCAUCUUGGUGGCAUUAAAUUAUUUAAUUGUGCACAGUGUCAUACAAACUUAACAAAUCGCAAUCAGCUGAUAAGCACCCGUUUUACUGGUGCCACAGGUCGAGCUUAUCUGUUUAAACGAGUCGUUAAUCUCACGUUCAGUAAUGUACAGGAGCGUGUAAUGCUUACGGGUCGACACAUGGUACGCGAUGUUAUGUGCAAAAACUGCAAUAACAAGUUGGGUUGGAUGUAUGAAUUUGCUACCGAAGACAAUCAAAAGUACAAAGAAGGUCGCGUUAUUUUAGAGUAUGCACUCAUCAGCGAAGCAGAAGGGUUAGCUACAGAAGUAAUACAACCUCAUCAUUAAACCAAGUUGAUCAAUAAAUAAACAUAGUUAUAUGCAUCCUUAUUUAAAGUAGAUGUUUAAGUCAUUUUUGAAUCUAAGCUAAUUUAUGGUGUUUUAGUUUGUAAAAAUCAUUAUUAUUAUUAUUAUUAGUAGUAUAUAUAUACAUAUUUUCUAUAUUUAAAAAUAAAUUUACUUGCGUACUAAAGCGAGGCUUGCACAAAUCGUCGUUUGAAAGUGAGGCUUUAAAGCUUACAUAUUUAUCAAUAUUAUACUAUAAUUUACUUAAUAUAUAUAUAUUUUUCAAAGGCGAACUCAUGUAAUCACAAGUCAGCAACUUAAUUUUACAAUAAAUUAUGAACUUAAUAUAUAUUUUAUAUUACGAAUAUCGUUAUAUUACAAAUAUUAUCACUUAUAAAACGUUAAGUGUGAGUAUUUUGUGACGAAUAUCAUGCUAAAUUAUGAAUUAAGUAAAAUAAAAUUACUUUUAAAGUUAAU